AGUGGCUGCUCACAUUCAGCACACCUUUUCCAUUUGCUAAUAAGGCCCUGACAGGCUGAAAGGAAAUUUUCCCUGCCUUACUCUGGAGAGAGGAGCCACUGAGACGAUCCAUGGGCACCAUGCAACUGCUUCAAGUGACCACUCUCUUUCUUCUGUUCAGUCUUUGCAGCUGUGAAAACAACACAGAUGUUUCAGCUACACUUACUACUGCAUCAUCAUCAACAGUGUCUACAAUGGAAAAACCUGUACUGACAGCAAAAACAGUGUCGCCGCCAAAUUCUGAUACUGAAUUAUCCGCUGAAACAUCUCCUAACGGAACAACCAAUAGUGAAUUAUCAAACACAUCUCCGGUGCCAGAAAUUGUUGCUUCAUUAACAACAGCUAAAAGUGAAGAAACCACAACUCAGAAUGUCACAAAGAGUGAGCUCGUCACUACCAAAGGAACAGUGACAAACCCUCCACUUUCAAAUGCUACUUCAACAACACAAAGUUCUCAGAAUGAAACUGAGAGCCAGAGUUCAAUCAAAACAUCGACAAUACCAGUUAGCACUCAAAAACCAGAUGCAUCACCUUCUAAAACCACUAUACUAUCCUCAACAUCAAUAACAUCUUCGAGCUACAUCUCUCCACAAGGCACUGAGGAUGAAAAAUAUGCAAACUCUUCAUCAACCAGUCCCUCUUAUUCCAGUAUUAUUUUGCCGGUGGUUAUUGCUUUGAUUGUUAUAACACUUUCAGUAUUUGUUGUGGUGGGUUUGUAUCGAAUGUGCUGGAAGACAGACCCAGGCACACCGGAAAAUGGGAAUGAUCAACCUCAGUCUGAUAAAGAAAGUGUGAAGCUGCUCACUGUGAAGACAAUUUCUAAUGAGUCUGGUGAGCACUCUGCACAAGGAAAAACCAAGAACUGACAGCUGAUAAAUCCCCCUAUGCCUGGGCAAUAAAUAUGCUUAAUCUUCAGCUUCUAUGCUCCAGAGAUGGAAAAGAAGAAAGUCCUGCAGAAUCACUCCUGACCUCCAGUCUUGCUCUCCAGUCUGCACCAGUUGCCUGUCCUAGCAAAAUCAUGUCCAGAUGGCAUGCAAUAAUUUGAUAGAAUCAAGAAUUCUGGGCCUCUCCUAUCCUUUGAGAUGUAGAAAAGCAUAUUCUUUCUAUUUAUAAGACAUUCCUAGGAGAGCAAAAUUUAGGAGGGGCUUUUGUGAGCAGUGAACCUGGCAACCCAGGCCGUUGGCUCCCUGAGGACAUGUCCUUCCCUGGAAUUUAAAGUUUCCAGGGGUGACAGUUUUUAUUCAUGGAAACUUUCCUACUUUCUUAAUGUUCUUAUAUUACUUAGUGUUUGUAUUUAUUGUUUUCUACUAUAUUAAUGCAGGGAAAAUUUGCAAGUUUAUUAUUGAAUAUUAGGUAGAAAUCAUACCAUGCCAAGUUGUACAGAUAGGUAUUUUAUUCAUAUUUUAAUGUGUUACUUUUAAUAAAUAAUUACUGUAAAUCAACACACUAAAAAACAUGUGACUGUGAAAAUGGUAAUGAUAUUGUCCUCCCAUAAUUAUGAAUAUUUUUGGAUUGAUUUCUUUAAUAGGAGAACUCAUUAGAAUUUCAGAAAGGCAUCUAUAAUAACCUGAGGAAAGGACAGUGAAUUCAUGUGUCAGACCCUGUUCGGGAGACCAGCAGUUUUCCAUUUCUUUGAUCUUUCUAAUUGAAUUCACACUAUGGGACAAGGAUGUAAGGGCAUUUAUGACACUCUGUCCUGCAUUCAUUAAGAAAUAACAGGAUCAAGAUAUUUUUCAUUUAUCUAUUUAGUUGAUAACAUUUGUGUAUUUUUUAUUUCUUUUACAAAUGUAAUGAUUUAUUCUGCAAUCAUUGCUAAAACUCUGCUUUGUAGAAAGCCACCACAUAAAUACAUAAUUGGGAUAUUAUUUUUCAGUGUAUCACUUUCCUAAAAAUCCCGUAUGACUUUAACUGCCUCCCCAUCAGGAGCAAACCCUUCUGUUGAAAGCUGACUGAUCGACCUUGACCAUUUCCUGGACACAUCAGAUCAAAAUGUCAAGUUGGAUGAGGUUCGGUGGAAAGCUUUGGCACUAACAAGCUGCAGUUGUCAGCUCUUUAACUUCCAUGAUUUCUUAAGCUGAUGUCAAUGCUAAAUUAUCUAAUGAUCUGAGAGUAAGAUGGAAUGCCAUGUAUAAAACUGCCUUUAAAAUUUUCCUUUGUUGCAAUGUAUUUUAAAACUUUGUACUUUAGGGGUUGUAUAAUCAUCUUGAUUUUAGCUUCCUGAUGUUUGGACUAUUUCCAAUCAAGGACACCAGGCAAGCACAUCUAUAUUUCUGGUGAAUGUCACUUUGUUUCUGUGAGAAGGAUGGAAACUAGAAAAUAAGAGGAGAAGGAAAAGAGGAAAGAUCUCCACUGCAUGUGCUUUUACUUUGGGCUGCCUAUGCAUGUUUAAUUCUAAUUUAGGUGUCUCUAAAGGAGUGAAACAUUUAGAGACUUCACAAUCAGGGAGUGUUUGUCUUCAUAUGGAAAAUAGCCCAAUGUCCAUAGACCGCUCCAGUGAGCUCCCCAGCAAAAGCCUGUCACACAGAAUGUCUUACAAAGAAGCAUUCUCUUUCACAGUUUAAAGUACCACAAGUGAGAUGACUUGUAGAAAAAACAUUUUCUCUAACUUUCAUGACCAUUGUUAGAAAAUGUUUACCAGAAUCAGGAAGAGGGAAAGCUUUUUAAUGGUCGUGAAAGAAUUAAAUUCAUCCCAGUUCAAGAACUGUACACAAUGAAAAUACUUGAUAUUAACUAAAGCAGUAAGUCUUGAAAAAAAAAAGGUCAAAGUGACAGAGGAUUGAAGAAUUUAGGGAGAUAUGAAUGGAAUUUUGUAACACCAUUCUCAAAGAUAAUCUCAAAUUUUGACAAUUUUAUAAACCCACUUAAACUUCUAUUGAGAUAGGAUAUUUUGUUUGCUGGUCAAAUUGUCAUUAGACUUUUUUUCAAAUUAGAUGAUCUCCUUUUAAUGCCUGACUUAUUGUGAGCUUUUUAAUCCCAUAUACAGUUCAAAUGUCACUGCAGCAAAGAAAAAUAUGUAUUUAGAUCAAAGGCAAGACUUUCUAUGUGGUUGUUCUGCAUGACAAUGUGAAUAUAAUUUAAGUCUACCAAUAGUCUGAACAUAAACAAGAGCUAAUUAACUGGCAGUGUUGUCAUCUGAGAAUAAGUGGAUGUUGGCUGACACACAAGCUAUGAUCAGCCAGCAGAGAAAGACUUCUAAAUUCCCCUUGCUGAGCUGAAAUAUUCCAUUACAUAUGGCUGACAAAUCUGUUCUAUUUCUUGUCUAUGUGCCACAUUUAAGUUUACAAGGACCAACUUAGGACAUAGUUGAAACUUUGAUACUUCAACAACAAGCACACUAACUUUGUCUGAUUUUUCUCAAUUGAGAUUAUUUAUUGUCAUCAAGUUUUGAUGAGGCUUUGGGCCAGUGAUGUAGCUCAGUGGUAGAGCAUAUGCCUAGCAUGUGCAAUCCUGGGUUUAAUCCCCAGUACCAAAAAGAAAAAAGAAAAAAAAAGAAAAGAAACUAACUAAAAACAACAAUGAAAAAUAUCUUUCUGGUCUCUAAAAUGAAAACAAAGUUUAUUUUAAAAGUUGUAUUUUGAGUAACUAUACCAUCAGUUUUCUAUGGCACCAGGUUCUAGUAUCUACUGAUUUGACCAAUCUCAUAUAAAAAAUAAUUGGAAAAAGAAAAUUGUGUCUGUACUGAAUAUGUACAGAUUCUUUUGUCACUAUUUACUAAAUAUAUGGUAUAAUAACUAUAUAACAUUUACAUUGUAUUAGAAAUCAUAAGUAAUCUGGAGUUGACUUAAAGUAUGUGGGAGGACAUGUGUAGGUUGUAUGCAAAAACUAUAUAAUUUUAUUAAAGACCUGAGCUCCAUAGAUGUUGGUACCUAUGCAGGAUCCUGAAACUAAUUCCCCACGGGUGUGGAGGGACUACUGUUGUCUCAAGAUUAUGAAACUGUUUAUUAGUACUUGUCACCAUAACAAAUACCUGAGAUAAAUCAACUUAUACAGACAAAAGGCUAUUUUGGGUAAUAGUUUUGAAGGUUCCAGCCUAUGGUCAACUGGUACCAUUGCUUUUGGGCCUGUGGCAAGGCAGCACAUCAUGGUGGAGCAAAAUCACUCCCUUCAUGGCUAGGAAGCUAGAGAAAGACGAGAGCCUGGAAUCCCACAAACCUCUUCAAAGUCCACCCCAAGGGAUCCCAAGACCUCCCAGUGGGCCCUUCACUUCAAGUUAUCAUUUCCAGACCAAACUUCUAACACAUGAAUCUUUGGGGGAUACUCUGGAUCCAAAUCAUAGCAGUGUUGAUAUUAAAGAUCUCCAUAAUUGUGAUUAAUCGAGCCCAUAUCAGUUGCUUUGAACUGAGAAUUUGGUAUGGAUUCUCCACUGAACUUUUCUUUAAAACUCCCCAGAAUGCCAACAGAACAUUUUAUAUUCCACUAAAUCAGUAUACUUUGUCCUUGCUUUCAGAAGAUGUGUCCUGUAGGCUUGCAUAUGCCUGUUCUCUGCUCUAUGAUACUUUUUAAAGGAAAAACUGUUUUGAUAAAUAAUGAAAAAGCAUUCAUCCCUUCAUCAAUAUUAGAUUCCUUAACUUGAAGUCAGAAAUUCUACCAAAGUCAAGAUGUUUUGUUGGUGUUCCAGGGAUGUUUUAAUAAUUUGGAGGUUGCUAAGGACUUCUUUGACAUUUAGAAAUAAAUACAAAUAUAAGACUAUUUUGAAUGUUGUAAAUCAUACUGUCUUAAAAAAAAAAAAGGAGGAAAGUUUCUACCAAAGUAACAAAGAGAAAUGUCUC